AUGUUGACCAGGCACUCCCUCGCGGCCCUUCUUGGAGGCCUUUCUUUUGCUUUAGCCCAAACCUCUUCGGAAGAAUACCCAUCCUCAGCUGAGAUUGGUGCUGCACAGGCCACGGUACUGCCUUAUUCUCCAGUCUCGAAUGUCAAGGGACUUGCGUUUAACCGCUUCGACUUUGAUGUGGCUGCUGAUAACGAGCACCUGGCCGAGCUGGCCAAGAAAGGUCUCCUCCUGAACAACUUCUGGGCUGUCACCCACCCGUCCGAACCCAACUAUUGCGCAUCCGCCAGUGGAGACACCUUCGGCAUGGACAACGAUGACUUCCAUCAGAUCCCUGCCAAUGUCUCUACCAUUGCCGAUUUGUUCGAUACGAAGAACAUCGCCUGGGGCGAAUACCAGGAAGCUAUCCCCUACCCCGGCUACCAGGGCUACCGCUACCCCGAAAUCGGUGCCAAUGACUAUGUCCGCAAGCACAAUCCGCUGAUCCUGUUUGAUUCCUAUACCCAAGACGCUCUCCGUCUCCGUCAGAUCAAGAAUUUCAGCAGCUUCUACGAUGAUCUGGAGCACCACCGUCUUCCCCAAUACAUGUUCAUCACUCCGAACAUGACGAAUGAUGGACAUGACACCAACAUAACCCUUCUGGAAAAUGACUACUUCACUAAGGAUACUCUGAUCAUGCUUACAUUUGAUGAGAUUGAUACUUAUGAGAUCGGCAACAACGUUUUCACUUUCUUGCUCGGUGGUGCGGUCCCGGAACAUCUCCGCGGCACCAAAGAUGACACUUUCUACAGCCACUACUCGGUCAUUGCCUCUCUGUCCGCUAACUGGGGUCUUCCCUCUCUGGGUCGCUGGGACUGCGGUGCGAACUUGUUCAGCUGGUUGGCCGCGAAGACUGGAUAUGUCAACUAUGAAAUCGAUACGAGCAACUUGUACAUGAACCAGACCCACUGGGGGCCUCUGUCCGAGGAUGAAUACAGCGAGUACUACGCUGGCUGGCCUGUUCCUGCAACAGAGGCUAGCUGCUCUGCGGGCCAUGGAGUCUUGUCUACUGUCAAGAAGACCUACAAAAACCUCACUGCUACCUUCAACUACACCACUCCUUUUCCCUAUGACUCGCGCAGCGGAAACAACGUUGGCGUGAAGUAUAGCAGGACCUUGAAGAACGGCAAAGUUGAGUCUGGUGUUUGACAAUAAUUGACCCGUCGCCCUAAUGACAUACCUUUUGGUGGAAUAAUUUUGGAAUGCAAAACCAUGAGCGUCUUUUGUAAUAUAUAUUCGUGCAAUUUUUAUCUUUGGGUCCACAGACAAACAAAUUCAAGAUGACUUUGGUCAGCG